GGAAAACAAAUUUUCACAUAUAUAAUAAUGAUUUUAUUUAGAUUAAGUUACAAAAAAAUAUAUUUGGUUUUAAAUUGGUCAAAAAAAGUCCAAAAUAUAAAUAUAUAGUGCAACAAAAAUUAGAUAAUCAAAGUAUAAAAAGAGGUUUUAUUUACAUAUUUCUUCCUGAAAAAGUGACUGUUUGCAAAUGAAUUAAUGGAUCCUUUUGAAAAAAAAGUUAUGAUUAUUUAUAUUAGAAAUGAUAAAUAUAUUCUUUCUUUCUUUUUUUUUUUUUGAAGAACUACAAACUUCAGUUGCAGCCCCAAAUGAAGACAACGAGUAUGUCGAAGUCAUCAUAGGUGUCUUAACAGCUGUAAUGUUGUUAUUGAUUGGAGUUUUUGUGAUUAUACUUGUCUUAAGUCGUAGACAAAAACACCAAGGCUCCCCAACAACCAUACUGAGAAAUCCUUUUGGUGUCACAAUAAACAUGAAGGAUUUGCUGAUGAAUCUUUCACCUCUAAAUACAAGUAUGGUUCAUGUCAGCUCUCAGCCUACACCUGCUAGCCAAGACCCCUCAUCAGAUCAGUCUUCAAUGUGUUUUGAGGCUACACAGCACUAUCAUACACCAUUAGUAAGCCCAUAUUAUUCCUCUGCACCCGCCUACACCAGUGUAAGAACUGAGUCACCAAUUCAUACAAGUGGGCAAGAAGAGAUAGUACAGAAUGAAGGAAUAGUAAAAGAAAGUGAUGAAGAAUCACAGACCCAAACAAAAAGCAUGACUGCUUCAAGAAGUUUGGGAAGAGGAACAGCAAGUCCUUAUGCAGUUACAGGACCAGGGUCACCUGUGAGAAAAAGAUACCAUACAGCUCCUCGUGAGAAGCAUAGAAUGGCACCUCCAGCUGUUUCAUGGAAUAUAGCACCUAGUAUGGGACAACCAUACAAAUGUAGAGAAGGAGAACUUGUUCCAAUUCCACGUUAUUGCCUUCGAGUUACCCAGCACUUGGGCACUUGUCAUGUUGGAGAGGUAUUAAUGUGUGAAAUGGAUGGAGAAGAAGUUGGAAAAGGAAGAGUCCUUGUGAAAAUUAUGAGAGGUGAAUGUGUACGAGAGGCAAAAUUGUUAUCAAGUCUCAAUGACCAAAAUGUUGUAAGGACAUUGGGUGUCUGUACUACUGAGCAACCACCCUGGGUUGUAACUGAAUUUCCAGCUGAGUUGGGUGACCUUCAUCAUUUGCUUGUCAACAAUGACUCAAUAAAAAAUUGCUUAGUGGCAAGAGGCUAUACAGUAAAAAUUUCAGAUGUUGCAAUAUGUAAUCCAGAUUACGAGAAUGAUUACAGUGCUAUAGGUGGUCGACCUCCAGCACCUAUUAGAUGGAUGCCUUGGGAGAGCAUUCUUUUGGAUCGACACACGUGUGCUAGCAGUGUUUGGUCUUUCGCUGUUACUCUGUGGGAAAUAAUGAGCAGAUGUUCACAAAGGCCAUUUGAGACUCUCACGAAUGAUGAAGUAGUUCAAAAUGCUGAACAAAUGUACUAUGGAGGAGAAUUACCGAACUCUGGACACCUGCACCAGCCUUCUCCAACUCUGAUUAUCUUAGGCUACUGCUUUCCGGUUAGCUGCUGCAUUAAGCUCUGCAGCAUCUUUGUUGAUCCUAAAUAUCCACCUGGUUUAUGGCUUCCCACAUGGUCUCGAGCCAAGUGUGCAUUCAUUGCAGUAUAG